AUGACAUCUUGCGUCAAGUGUAGGUCUCGAAAGGUCAGAUGCGACAGGGCCAAGCCAUCGUACGGAUGGGGCUAUGCACGGGAUCUACUCGGCAAGGUAGAGCAACUGGAAAAGUCGCUCAAUUCUCUGAGCAGCCAGCUUCAAGAGCAUUUAAACCGGCCGGGUCGUAGCGAAAGUCACUCGUUGGGUCAGAAGAAGCUCCCUUCCGGCAGCUACGAUGAUGAUUCUCUAAAAUCGCUUAUCGCUGCGGGAACCUCUGUUCAAGCAGCUGAGGCAGUCGAGCAAGUUGAGCCAGACGAACACGACAUACUCGCCGUCUCUCCCGCGAAUACUCCCAAUAAUCGAGACCGCGACACUACCGCCGUAUCGAGACUACUCCCAGGGCUGCGGGCCGUGGCUGCGAACGUGGUUCGCGAUAUCGGAAGGACCCGAAAACAAUACGGUGGGGGCAUCACGCGUCCCCUAAGCAGCGCAUACAACUGCGUCGAGAAUCGCUUCGACCUCGGACUCUCCAUAGAUGCGCCCGCCGGGCUGACUCAGGGCUUCAUGAUUUCCCACCCGACGUCUUGGCUGCAAGAAGAAGAGACGCGCAGGCUGUUCUGGGCAGUGUACUCCAUCGACCGAUACACCAACACGUGCACGUCUUCCAACUUCAUGAUAGACGAGCGCGAAGUGAACAGGCCGCUGCCUUGUCGAUACGACUUGUGGGUAGCCGCAGAGCAGGUCGAGACGCGUUGGUACCGCACGGACAAGCCGUUUGAGGUGACAGCAGACGUUCCAGAGAAUCUGGGGAGCUUUUCGUACCUCUGCGAAGUGACCAAAAUCAUGACACGCAUCCAUGAGUUUGUCAAGCAGCCCCUCAACUUCUAUUCCUCGUCAGAUUCCGACCGGUGGAGGGCUUCGUACGCCGAGUUGGACCGGCAGCUCUCGUCGUGGCUGAACAGCCUUCCGGGCGAGUACGCUCAGAUAUCAGAGUCGUGCCGCUCAGACACGCGGAGCAGGGUUUCCAACUGGAUUACACUGCAAUCCGGCUUCAUCCUUGCCGCCACCCGCCUUCACUCCGUAGCGGGAUAUCCGCACACGGCCUCCGAGCUGUUCAAGGCUUCGCACAGCGCCAUGCAAAAAUGCAUAACCGCCGUUACGAGCAUGAUGAGGACGGCGCAGGACGUCGUGUCCGCUGGCAUGCUUCAGCUGCUCGGGCCUUCCUUUGCCGGUGCUCUCUGGGCCACGGCUAGACUGCUCCUCGUCCAUGCUUCCGUGCCAGAGCAUCACCUCGAUUCGAGCAUCUACUUUUUUAUCUCCACUCUAGAGAAGCUGGGUAGACACUGGCCGGUGGCAAAAGUCUUCUCAAGCAGGCUUGUAUGCAUGCUGCCGCAUACGCACACGGGGGACAACUCUAAGUCACUCGAGGACCUCCGCAGGGUUGCUUUCCGACUGCACAUAAUCAAGGCUGGGCAGCGAUACACCUUCUCACAGCGCUGCUUUGUCAAGACGCUUCUAACUAACGAGCUCCAAGCAUUUGGAGUCUUUGAUUCGUUCAACUACCCGCGGCCGUCGAAUAGCUCCUACCGAGUCUCGAAUUCCGGCGACGUGACAUCGAACGGGUCAUGUCCCGAUGUUAGAUCUACACAACUGGACCCCAACUCCGACUGGAUUGACUGA